GUUGCCUCCAUCCGUCUCUAUUUUCGCUACUCCUUCUGCUCUGAGGGCGUUUGGAACGUAUUUGUUUAGCCACAUUUUGCAUACUCAAGUUGACAAAAUGAAGCAAAAUAGUAACGUACCAGCGUUUUUGACGAAGCUAUGGACUCUCGUCGAGGAUCCUGAUACCAAUGAAUUUAUCUGCUGGAGCCAGGAGGGCAGCAGUUUUCUUGUGUUGGAUGAACAGAGAUUUGCAAAGGAAAUACUCCCGAAGUUCUUCAAACACAACAACAUGGCCAGUUUUGUAAGGCAGCUAAACAUGUAUGGAUUCCGCAAAGUGAUGCACAUUGAUACGGGCAUAGUGAAGCAGGAGCGGGACGGCCCCGUCGAAUUUCAGCAUCCUUUCUUCAAGCAUGGCCAAGAUGACUUACUGGAACACAUCAAGAGAAAGGUUUCUGUCUCCAGGCCUGAGGAGAGCAAAAUCAGACAAGAUGAUCUGUCGAAGAUCUUGUCCAGCGUCCAGAAUAUUCACGGCCAGCAGGAGAAUAUGGACUCCCGACUUGCAACGCUGAAAAGGGAGAAUGAAGCUCUGUGGAGAGAGAUAGCCGACCUGCGUCAAAAGCACAACCAGCAGCAGCAAGUUAUAAAGAAGCUGAUACAGUUUAUUGUCACUCUGGUUCAGAACAACCAUGUCCUGAGUUUAAAGCGAAAAAGACCAUUGCUGCUGAACAGCAAUGGGAAGAAAUCCAAAUUCAUCCAGCCAAUUUUCGAUGAGCCUGUCGACCACAACAAGACCCAUGUCAAUGGGUUAAAGAAUCAUUCUGACAUUACUGAUGAUGUCAUCAUCUGCGAUUUAACCGUUGAGGAUUCUGAGGUCACAGAGGAAAUUUCACGAUCUUUUGAUCAAAGGGACGUGGAAAUAGUGGAGGUGCAAGGAGAUGGUGAUGCCGCCAUACUGGUGGAGAGCGCAGUGGACAAGGAAGCAGAAAACUCCCCGGAGACCAUGUGCGAAUACACAGCCAGGAGCUCCACCGAGUUGCCCGAGAGCAGCGGCGCACUGCAGGUCAACUUGCCGUCGAUACUGAGCUUCGAAGACCCAGUCAAAAUGAUGGACUCCAUCCUCAACGAGAGCGGAACCAUCUCGCAGAACCUGAACCUCCUGGGAAAGGUUGAGCUGAUGGACUACCUGGACAGCAUUGAUUGCAGCUUGGAGGAUUUCCAGGCCUUGUUGUAUGGCAAGCAGUUCAGCAUUGACACAGACGUCGUAGGGGAGACGGAGGGUUUGAAAGAGAAUGCGGAAUUGUUAGCUAAAGGAGGGAAGCCAGAAGCUGAUAAUACAGACAAGCAGCUGGUCCAGUACACCACCUGCCCCCUGCUGGCCUUCCUGGAUGGCUGCACCUCCCUGACCCCGGAGCCCGAAUCUCCGGUGUGCGAGCUGGGGGAGGCGCUGCUGGAGCAGGCCACCGGGGACACUGCCGAUGGCGACCUCCUGGAACCGAGCCUGGAGAUGCAGGAGCCUCCACGGAGCAAGCUGAUCCGCUUGGAGCCGCUGACGGAGGCGGAGGCCAGCGAGGCCUCUCUGUUUUACCUGUGCGAACUGAGCCCCGACGGGCCUGGUGUGGAGGCCCCACAGCUGGAGGUCUGAAGGGGGGGGGGGGGCGCCGCGAGGAAUGGACCUUUUGUAUAUAUUCAUCAAAAUGAUGAUCUAUUUAUUUGCCAGUAUCUUUUGGUACAGUUCUGGCCCGGAGUUCACCGAAAAAGAAAAAAAAAGGGGGGGGGAAUAUUCCUUCUUUAGAAGAUACUCUGCUUCAGCCUGGGAUGUAGAUGCCUGUGAGCUUCUUAUCCAAAAAGUUCAUAGUUUGACGGUUAUUGGUUCUGUCUUUUUUUUAUUAUUGUUGUACACUUUUCUUUUCAAAGUCGAGGAGGAACAUUUUCAAAGUCAUGUAUCAGUUACGACUUGAGCAGCACACGUGAUUUUAGAAGUACAGAGAGACGUGUCUGUACUGGAUACCCGCUUCAGUGUGUGGCACUCCUACUCGCAUAGUUGCAUUUUUAGUUCAGAUUCUGCUGAGACAUUUCAUGUGAGUUGCCUGUGAGCUUCUUGUCAUUAUUUCAGACUUGGCAAUAACAAUAAAUGCACAGCAUAACUUCAGA